GAAACGGCUAUUUUCCUUCACAGCUGAUGACGGAAGUAGCCAAAGCGGUCGUUGACACGUCACUGAGGUCAAGCUGGAGGAAAGAUGGCGAGCACCUAUGAGAGUUUCAACUUGCGCACCACACCGGAGAAGUUUUUCAUAGAGCCUUGUGAUGAUGGAUCCGAGGAUGUUCUGGCUAUUGACAGGGUGUCGACAGAGAUGACUCUCACAGGGAAAAGGGACAUCCCUGCAUCUGCUGAGACCAAGCCGAUAUGUGGACUCAUGGGGACUAUACGUUUGGUGGCAGGCAUGUACCUGAUUGUUAUCACAAAGAAGAAGAAGGUGGGCGAUUUGCUGGGCCAUGCUGUGUGGAAGGCUCUGGACUUUGAUAUCCUCUCCUAUAAGAAGACAAUACUACACCUGACAGACACUCAGAUGCAAGACAACAAGACAUUCCUGUCCAUGAUCAACAAUGUGCUUCAUACGGACGGCUUCUACUUUGCAACAAACUACGACCUGACCCACUCUCUGCAGCGCCUGGCCAACACCAGCCCCGAGUUUCAGGAGAUGAGCCUUCUGGAGAGGGCAGAUCAGCGCUUCGUCUGGAAUGGCCACCUGUUGAGGGAAUUCAUUGCACAGCCAGAGUUACACAAGUUUGUGUAUCCUGUUGUCCAUGGCUUCAUCAUCAUGAAGUCCAGCUGCAUCAAUGGUAAGGUGUGUGAGUGGACUAUUAUCUCCAGGAGGAGCUGUUUCAGAGCCGGUGUCCGUUACUACGUCCGAGGCAUAGAUUCAGAAGGCCAUCCUGCUAACUACGUGGAAACGGAGCAGAUCGUACAGUACAACAGUGCCAAGGCGUCAUUUGUUCAGACAAGAGGCUCCAUUCCCUUCUACUGGUCCCAAAGGCCCAAUCUCAAGUACAAGCCAAAACCACAGAUCAGCAAAACAGUGAACCACAUGGAUGGAUUCCAGAGACACUUUGACUCACAGAUUAUUCUCUAUGGAAGACAAGUCAUUUUGAACUUGAUCAAUCAAAAGGGCUCAGAGAAACCACUGGAACUGGCAUUUGGCAAGAUGGUGACCAACUUGAGUAAUGGCAUGAUCAAGUACAUAGCCUUUGACUUCCACAAGGAGUGCAGUCGUAUGAGGUGGCACCGCCUGCAGAUCUUAGUGGACAUGGUUGCUGAAAUGCAGGAUGAAUUUGGAUAUUUCCUGGUGGAUGCAGAUGGGAAGGUGCUGUUGAAUCAGGAAGGGACUUUUCGGAGCAACUGCAUGGACUGUCUGGACCGUACCAAUGUCGUCCAGAGCCUGCUGGCUGAACGCUCGCUGCAGUCACAGCUACGGAGAAUGGGAGUCCUCCACAUGGGCCAGCAGAUUGAAGAGCAGGCAGACUUUAAGAAGAUGUACCAGAAUGCCUGGGCAGACAAUGCUGAUGCGUGUGCCAAGCAGUAUGCUGGUACUGGUGCCUUGAAGACUGACUUCACCAGGACCGGAAAGAGGACUCAGUGGGGGCUGCUGAUGGAUGGCUGGAACUCCAUGAUCCGAUAUUACAAAAACAACUUCUCUGAUGGUUUCAGACAGGACUCAAUUGAUCUGUUCCUGGGGAACUAUGCUGUGGAUGAAACUGAUUGGUCCACCCCACUGCAUGACCCCAAAGACUGGAAGUUUCUGACGUUGCCUAUCGUCAUGGUGGUAGCAUUCUCCAUGUGUAUCAUCUGCUUGCUAAUGGCUGGUGACACAUGGACUGAGACUCUGGCCUAUGUGUUGUUCUGGGGAACAGCCAGCGUGGUGACGGGCGGCCUCAUCCUCUUUAAUGGACUGGACUUUGUAGAUGCUCCCAAGCUGGUCCAGAAGGAAAAGCUGGACUGAAUGUGUGUGUGUGGAAAGCAGCUAGGCCCUGGUGAGCUCACUACCUCAUCCUCUAGCUCUUCAUCACUUUACACCCAACAUCAGCAUCAGCAGGUCUGGAGCCUUUACUAACAGAGGGUGGAGUGGAGGAGGGGGGUGGUAAGUAGGGCCGGCCUCGUGUACCACGAAGGCGGAAAGACAGAGACUGGGAGUGCACGGGCCUGCUGCUGUCCACACUGCAGCUACUGACAUGUGGACAGGUCUGUCUGUCCACAGUUUUACUGGACAAUGAACCUCUGGAGUAUAUUCCUACUGUAUGUGAUUGUUCAUGAUUUCAGAAGAAUGCUGUGAGAUCCCACAUAAAUGUUUGUCCCACUUCAUUCCCCUCAUGGAUGCAUCGGGAUCAGAAUCAAAACAGCUGCUGUGAUAUCACAGUACAGCUGUACUGUUAAUUUGCCUCUUGUCUUUUCUUUUCACCAUUGCCAUUUAUGUCUUUCCAUGUACAGUUGCUCUGUCCUGGGUUAAAUGCUAUCGGUUUCAGAGUCUUCAAGACCAGUAAUGGAUAUGAGACUGUCCUGUUCCAAUGGCCCCAAGGCAUCCGGCCUUCUUUUACCAAAAUUAAAAUUACCCUGUAAGUGUGUUAUUGCAAGUCCUCAGAAUACCAAAUAUCAAUUCAUAACUUGACUUAUGCAUUUGAGCGGUCUCUAUCACUUCAUAUAAAAUAUCAGGUAUAUAUUAGACAGUAUGGUUGGAAUUUUUUGAAGUGGAGUUGUAUGGGGUACUUAUCCAUAGACAGUGUAUUACAUACAAAGGAUGUCAGUCGGCACUCCCCUACUUUGGAGGAGCAGGCUGGAGUCCAACGUGGAAGCUCAGGAAUCGACAACUGUGGAUGGGUCAGCAACAAAACAUAUUUUAGCCACCUAAAAAAGUCCCACCUUUAAACAAAUCAAUAUCACUUUAAGUCUAUGGUAUGCUGAAAGUAUUUUCAGUGCUUUACCUUUCCGUCAGACAGUUAGCUUUAUUUCCCCAUCUAUGCUCUUGUCAAAGCCACCAGACUCCAUUGACAAAAACAGUAAUUUGACCUUGUGAAGCGAGAGAGCUGCUGGUCUACCGCUGCUUUAGUUAGUUCGUUUGUAUUAUUGUGUGACUUUGGUGAAACGAAACUAACCCUUUUAAACACCAAAGUCACAUAAUAACACAAACAAAUUAACUGAUGGAGACAGCAGUAGACCAGUAGCUCCUGUGCUCAGCAAUGUUAAAUCACUGUAUUUCUCAAUGGAGUCUGGCUUUGAAGAUGGCGAUAGAAUGGCCUCAUUUUUCCGUGGGAAAUCACUGUCUGACAUUAAGUUAAAGCAGUGAAAAUACCCUCAAUAUAGCGUACACUGAAAAUGAUCUUGAUAUUUUAAGGUGGGGCUUUUCAUAGGUGGCUAAAAUAUGUUAAAUUGCUGACCCAUCCACAGCAGUAGAA